AGAAAUGGUAUAAUAGUCCAUGGGGAAAACCAGAACAUGAAGCGGUACAAUAAAAUUCAAAAUUAAAUAAAAAUCUCCCUAAAAAAAUCAAGUAUCGAUCUUUCUUAAUCGAUCUUAUUAAACUAAUAUCGAUCAAUGUCCAAACUCUUAACGGGGCCAACGAUACCAUCGAUACUGUAAUCGAUCUGAUUCGGCACCUCCAACCACGGUACUUCUUUCUUUUUCCUCCAUCCAUCAACCCGACAGUUGCUACAGACCGGAGCUCUGGAAAAGUUCCUGUAGCGUGGAUCGGCCAACACAGUAAUGCUCAAACUAUCAAUUUUAAAGGUGGAGAACCCAUCUCGCCUGUGGGGUCGGGUUAUCUGUGAUCCUGGUGGUGAUGCAGAGACCAGGGAACACUACAACAACCUGCAGACUCAGAUGAACCAUUUUUACCAUGACAUUACUCAAGACCUGCCCAGGCUGAAGCCCCAGAUGUUAGAGGAAGGGCAGGUUUAUGUGGUGUACUGGGAAGGGAAGAAGUCUUGGUGUCGUGCUGUGAUGGAAUCGGUCAUGACCGACACCAUGUCUUGUCAGGCACUCUGCUUCCUGGUCGACUAUGGAGAACGAAUCGUGGUUUCCUCAGACCAGAUCCGGGUAGCCCUGGACGAUUUCCUUGAGCUGCCUUACUGGGCCAGGAAGUUUCAUCUAUCAAGAAUUAAACCAACAACUCUGGGAGUGUCUGUACACGAAGAGAAGGCAAAGCUCAAACCUUCUGCUUAUUGGGAUAGCUCUACUACACUCUACCUGCACAGUUUGCUUCAAGCAUCCACGCAAACAGAAGCUGUGCUACUUGAACUGGAUACAGACUCCACAUCUAUUGAGCUCUAUCUGACUAUCAACAACUUCAAGAUCUGUGUGAAUGAUGACUUGGUGGCUAAAAAGUUUGCAUAUUACAGCAGACAUCCUGCCUACUGUAAUGGUCUGGAUGGAGGAGACUGGCUUCCUGUCAUGUUGUCCUCCAACAUCUUAACUCAGACUUCUUCCAGAUCAUCUAACAGACAGAUGGCAGAGACCAGACCACUCUCCUGUCAACGUCAACACACAGUGACAUCACAGAUUCCUGAUCCAGCGGAUCCAGAUGAUUUGUUGUUGGCUCCAUCUUUACCUGAGAGCCAUCUUCCUGAGCUGGUUACCUGCAAUGGAAAUGGCACAUCACUGGUUUCACAAAACCUACUGGGUUCAACCAACCAAUCCAGAAACAGCCUGGAAACUUCAGACACAAACAGUGACUCAUCUGAGGACACAGACUCAUCUCUGGCUACAGCUCUGACUGAAAACCUCAGUUUGUUCAGGUUCCAGAAGUUUCUUAACCCCGGCAGCAGCUACCAACAAGCACUUUCUGAUGUGAGUUCAUUGAAAAUGACAAAUCUAAAUGUAAGUUUGCAAGGGCUGGGUACAAAUAUCUAUUUAAUUGAUCUUGAAUCUAUUUAACUUAAAUUUGCGAAU